UCUUAAAUAGCAAUGGCUUCUGUUAAGUUCCAAACUCUAUGCGUAACCUUUUUAUUAUCUUCAGCUCUAUUAAUCGCUCCUUCUGUUUCCUUAACUUGCACUAAGCAGAAAUUCAGAAGCAACAAAGUCUACAAAAAUUGCACUGAUCUUCCUGUUCUAGAUUCCUUCCUACACUAAACCUACAAUCCCACCAAUUCUUCGCUUUCCAUCGCGUUCAUCGCGCCCCCUGCCAAACCAGAAGGAUGGGUUGCGUGGGCGAUCAACCCAACAUCGAAAGCCAUGAUAGAGUCACAGGCUUUGGUAGCACUCAAAUCAAAUGAUUCGUUGAUUGUCAAGACUAACAAUAUUAUUAGCUAUGCUUCACUUCAGGAAUCCAAGCUGUCGUUCGAUGUUUGGGACGUGAGUGCUGAGUCUUAUGAAGGAAAAAUGGUGAUAUUCGCGACGGUGAGAGUGCCCGAGAUGGCUGAAAGGUUGAACCAGGUUUGGCAGGUUGGCUCAGCUGUAAGUGGUUGCAUUCCUGACAGGCAUGAUAUGGCUGAUGCUAACAAUUCUGAGGGAGUAUUGGAGCUUGUGGCUUCUAGUGGUUCUGCCCCUGUUCCUGUUCCUGCUCCAGAACAAUCCAUUGACAAUUCUGGGAUUUCUAGAAUUGUGAAGUGGAAUAUGGGUUCAAUUGUGGGGCUAUUUGUUUUAAUUGGUUGUUUUUUACAGCAUUUUGGGAAUCUUGUUGCUUGAUUUGUUUAUUAUGUCUAUUUACUUCAUCAUUGCUUCAUU